AGCCCCCGCCGGCCCGGCCGGGUCGGGCGGCCCAGGAAUAUGAACUGAAACGUGUUUCGGACCUUCCAGGUUUCUUCUAUUCUCUUCAGGGCCCCACCUUCCUAUUUCUCCCCGGCCACAGCCCGCCCAUCACAGUUGAGCAGCUGUUUGCCUGAAGUUAAUUUCCAGAGGCAGGAGUCCCCAGGGCUGGCCAGGGAAUGAACCGCGAGGGGGCUCCCGGGAAGAGUCCGGAGGAGAUGUACAUUCAGCAGAAGGUCCGAGUGCUGCUCAUGCUGAGGAAGAUGGGGUCAAAUCUGACGGCCAGUGAGGAGGAGUUCCUGCGCACCUAUGCGGGGGUAGUCAACAGCCAGCUCAGCCAGCUCCCCCAGCACUCCAUCGACCAGGGUGCCGAGGAUGUGGUGAUGGCGUUCUCCAGGUCGGAGACGGAGGACCGGAGGCAGUAGCGGUGAACACCCUGGAACACCCUGGAAGCUGGCAAGGGCCAAGAGAUCUGUGAGGACCUCGGCCAGCUGAGUGGCAGCAGAGCACCUUCCCGAUUCCCCCGCCCCUACACCCCCACCCCGCCCCACCCCGCCGUCACUCAGCAGGGCUGGCCUCGAGGGAGUCACCGGUGGUGCAGUUACAAUUGGCUUAAGGGGACGGACUCAUGAUUGGCUGCAGAAAGAAACCCUUUUAUUUUUAAAUCUUGACCAACAGAAACCUUUUAUUUUUAUUUCUGACUUUUUCUUUCUUUUUUUUUUUUUUUUAAUUUGCGCCUCGGUAUGUGGCUUCCCAGGAAGCUCUCCGAGAUCUGGUGCUUUAUUUAGGUCACUUUUUAGGAAUGUGAAGAGGCCCGAUUGGCUGCUUAAACUGGAAAAGGAUUUUGAUUGGCCGGCUAGUGGGAAACGGUUUUUUUCUUUGAUUGGCUGCAGGUGUUCUGCUGAUAGCAACAGCUUCUCUCUUUUGAAUGCUGAAAACAGGGUUCGGGACAUUCGUUGUUAUAUCUGACUUGAAAAGAAAAAAAGAAAAGAAAGAAAGAAACCAAGUGCGCUUUGCAAUAUUUAUUACACAAAGAGCUUGCUGCUGCUUUCCCGUGUUUUGUUUGUGUUUGCAUUUGAUUGGUUUUUGAUACGUGUGUUUGGGUUCUCAUUGGCUCGUCCAGGACUCCCGUUGCCAUGGGCUGCCCCCCCACUCUGCUGCGAGCAGUCCCUCUCCAGCCGGGGACCCACCUGGAGGGUGCAUUUGCUUUAACGACCACACCUGGCUUCCCCAGUGAGGGGACCCCCCAAGACCCCAUGCAGGGUCUACAGCUGGAAAGCGGAGCCCCCAAAGAGGUUUGUGCGGUCCCGAACGCGCAGACCGCAGCUUAGAGAUGACCAUUAGGCAGGAUUUAUGCGCAUCACUUCCAUGGGUUGGCAACCAGCCAGCUCCCCGGGGGGUGGGGGGGUGGGGGGGGGAAUGGAAUUGCUGGGCCUCUCCAGCCUGCCCAUGCCGAGCACAGGAGCACCGCACUGGGCGGCUCUGUCUUUUCAGCCCUUCCCUCCAGAUCUACUUCCUGAGGCCUCAUCUGGGGCUCCUCCUGCAAAGGGCAGGAGCUGCUCCUGGCUGUGAGACCCCACAGUGGAGCAGAACUCUCUGCCUAGGAGCCCGGAACCCGCACAGACCUUGGCUCACAAGGCCCGGGAGGCCUUUGGCUCUAAACCCCCCAGCCCUGACCUCCGCCAGCCAGGCUCCCAAGGUGCCUGCCGCUGGGCAGUAGGCCCUGGCCAGCACCCGGAGUUCUCGGAUCCCAGGCCGGCGCCCCUCACUGCACCGCCUUCAGGAGGGUCUCUCUCCAUGUCAGCCUGCAAUGGACAGAGUCAUUAUUUAUGAAGUGCCAUCUGAGACAGCUGGCUGGGCCUUCGCUGAGCAGGUCCCACCAGGCUGGCCCUCAACUCAGGUCCCCGGAAACACAUGGCCGAGCAGCCGUAUGUGAAGGGCUGGAAGAACCCCGGGUCUCACCCACCCGUCCUCCCCCUGCCCUUGGGGUGGUCCUCCCCCUGCCCCUCUCCCUGUGUCUCUCACCAGAGUGGAACGCGGGGCGUGGGGAGGUGGAGAAAGAUGUAGGCCUCAGGGAUGGGGAGCCUACACGCUCCUCCUGAGAUAGUAAAUGGCCGAGGCCCCCUUUUUGCCCCAGGUAUCCAGAUCCAGGAGAAGACUCUCGGAGCCAAAUUUCCCCCGUCUCAGGGCUGGGGCUUCAUGGAUCACAGGAGCUGCCCUGGGACCAUGUGGGCGGUUCAUGCUGUGCUCUGAGCAUCGUCUGGGCCUUGCCCCAGAAGGACUUGUGUGUCACAGCAUAGAUGGCCCCGACCUCCUCCACACACGGGCCCCUGGCCCUGGUUAGCUGACCUGGCUAGGUUACCCUGCAAAGACUGUUGCUCCCCAAGGAACGAGGACCGUGCGGACUCCAGCAGGGACCUGAGAGCAUCUUCUUCCCGGAGAGCUGGUCGUGUGUGCACACACACACUCCCAGUCCCAAGUCCUGCAGCUCCAGUUGGAGCCCCUGGGGAAAAAUGAGCUUUUUCCCAGCCCCCUCCCCCCAGGUUAUGACAUCUGUCACCAGGUGCCAAUGCCGUGUUGCCAUUUGCCCUCUCUGUACCUGUAGCUCCCACAAAGCGGCCGUGUCCUGGCCAAUGGUGUGUUUUCUGCCCCAGCCUGCCCUUGUCAAGGUCACGGGUGUCCCUGUUGUAACAGCAAUGGCCCUGAUCUGUCUUGUCGUCUGAACGGGAGAAGUGAAGGUGUUGCUGUGGCUCCAUAUUUCGACUAAAAAUAUAUCUGUUGGAGAAAAAAAAUUAACAAUAAAGAUUUUUAAUAG